UUUCCUAUCACUCCUGCGCUCAAGGAUUCGCUGAAAAAAACCACAUUUUUGGCAUUUGAUCAAUGCAUUUAUUGAGGAAAAGGUGAAGAGUGAUCAUUGUAGAAAGUUUGAUGAGGUGGUUGUUAAAAUUGCAGAGUCGUAUGAUGCAAAUAAAAGAGCAUUUAGAUUGGGAAACAAACAUGUCAAGCUCAAAAAGGAAGAUGUGAAGUUGAUUUUUGGGAUUUCAUGUGGAAAUGAGGAGAUAAACCAAGGUUAUUGUAAGAAAGAAGAUGUGCAGUUUGUAGUCAAGUGGCAAAUAAAGGGGAAAAGAUUGGAUACCUCAAUAAUCAAGAAGCUUUUAAAAGAAAAGGAAAACAGCAAGUUGCAAGAAGAUGUGGAUGAUAUCGCAAGAUUGUUGUGUUUAUUCCUUUGUGGGACGUUGUUCUUCUCUACAAGUGGAACCACAAUCAAUUGGGUUUAUGUUCGCUACAUGGAAGACUUGAAUAACAUUAAACAAUUUGAUUGGGCGGGAGCUAUUUGUAACUACUUGCUGAAAUCUACUCACGUGGAACAUAAAGAUCCCAAAGAAGUCAAAGGUUCUUCAAUUCUAUUAUUGGUAAUUGACAAUAUAACUCUUUACAUUUGUUUGUCUAAAAAAUAAUUAUAUGUGUCCUUUUAAGUUGUAAUUCUGUUGUGCGGUAUUGGCUUUGUGAGCAUAGCAACAUCCUGAAGCAAGAGAGCCCAUAUUCUAUUCCAAGGUUGCUCAAGUAGAACAUUGCAAAGCUGCGGAAAGCACUCAAAAACGUGAAACAGUUGCAUCAACUCCCAAAUGAAAAGGUAAAAGAUGAAACACUUGAACAAACCAUUGAAGAAAAAGUUGAAUGUGAAUUUCAGCAAGAUCAGGUUCAGCAAGAUGCUGGGGAAAAAUAUGAAGUCAAGCAACAUGAGGUGGAGAAUGAUGAAUUUGUUCAACUUGUUGAAGCUCAAUUUGAAGUUCAGCAAGAUAAGGAGGAGAAAGUUGAAGUUGCUGAAGUUGAGAACGUGCCUGAUAGUUGUGGGUUGGAUGAUUUCAAUACUCCCACUGAUAUGUUUCAGUCUCCAUUGUGCUCUUGCGAAAUAGAUGAAUCACAGCCUGUUAGUUUCAGACGUGAUGAAGUGACCUUUCCCAAAUAUAAUUCGGAUUCAACUCUUGAACCUAAUACAUUGAGUGGAAAAUCACUACCACAAAAAGAAGAUGAAUGUUUGAAGAAACUUGUGGAUAACAUAUUAGAUGAUUCAAAGAAGUAUGCACCUGCAAUGGUUGAUGAAUUGACAGAAGAAAGACACUCAAUUAGUGAUAAUCUCACUAUAAAGAUUGUAUAUUUGGAGAAGCAGAUGGAGAUUGAGAAACAAUCAAAUAAGGAUGCACUUGCCAUGAAUGUCGAAUUGAGGAAGGAAAAAGACUCAAUUACGAAUGACAUGUCCACAAAGAUCGAACAUUUGGAGAAUGAAAAGAAGCAGAUGGAGAUUGAGAAAAUAUCAAUUUGCGAGCCUCUCAAUGACGAGAUUGCAAAAUUGAAGAAACUGGUGGAAAGUCAAGACAAACAGAUUGUAAUGUUGAAAGAUGAUAUGAGCAAAGGCCCACUCACAACGAUGCAUGAACUCAAGAACCAAAAACAAUCGUUGGAGAAGGAUCUGAUUGAGAAGGUUGAAAGUCUGGAGAAGGAAAAGAAGCAAUUGGAGUUUCAGAAAUUGAAAAUGCAAGAAGACAAUGACGUUGUGCUACAAUCUAAAGAUCAGCAAAUUAUAGCAUUGGUAAGAAAAAUUGAAGAAACAGAAGAGGAAAUGAAGAAUCAAAUCCAGAAUCUUGACAAACAAAAUAAAAAGCUGUGUUUGGCAAAGGACAGAUACAUACAGACACUUUUGAACAAAGCCAGUGUCCUAAAGAAGCAAAAGGCUAAACAACAAGACGUCAACAAUGUAUUACAAAUGCAAAUUGACGAGUUCAAAAUUCAUGAGGUAACACAAUACUAUGCUGAUGAGACCGAGGGCGCAGUGCAUCAAGUAACGCAAAAUGCAACUCGUGAGAAGAUUCGAAGACUUGAACGUGAGAAGGAGGAGCUUGAAUUGGAACUCUUAGAUAUUAGAGUGCAUGAAGAGAAACAGAAACGCAAGGCAGUAAAAUCUCUGAUCUCUCCAAAUUCGAACAUAAUAGCACUCAAAGCAAGAGAAAGAAAGAAGAACACAGAUGCACACUUUGUCUAUGAAGAAGUAAAGAAGAAGACGAAGACUGGAAAAGAACUUUUCAUAGAUGUAGAUGACUUAGUCGAGUCUCAAAAGGACGAAAGAGAAAAUAAGAAACUGAGAAAGUUGAAGGCAAAUGCUGAGGUACCAAAGCUUUUAAGUCAUGAAAGUUGGAUGGCGAUUGAAACACUUUGGAAUACAGCAGACAUCAGUACUGAAGUAUGGUCUUCGAAAGAUGAACUAGUGCAUGUCACUGCUCAUGACAUACAGACGUUGUUGUUUGAAUCAGCAUUAUCAACCCUAACGUUUAAAUUUCACUGUACUGAAGUAUGGUCUUCGAAAGAUGAACUAGUGCAUGUCACUGCUCAUGACAUACAGACGUUGUUGUUUGAAUCAGCAUUAUCAACCCUAACGUUUAAAUUUCACUAG